AUGCCAAGACUAGAUCAAUAUAAUUAUGUUUUCGCCAUCGGCACCUUGUUUGCCUUGCUUGAUGCUUUCAAUAACGGAGCCAAUGAUGUCGCCAAUUCUUGGGCCACCAGUGUAUCUUCUCGAUCCAUUUCGUAUCGACAAGCCAUGAUUUUCGGAACCGUCUUCGAGAUGUUAGGAGCCAUCACUGUCGGUGCUCGAACUGCCGACACGAUCAAGAAUGGAAUUAUUCCCAAUGCCGCUUUCAGAGGUGAUGCAGGUGUUCAAAUGCUCGCAUUCACUUGUGCUUUAGCGGCAGCUUCAACAUGGGUCAUGUGGUGCACACGACAUUCAGCCCACGUUUCAUCCACUUACUCAUUAGUAUCUGCUGUUGCGGGUGUUGGAGUAGCCACAGUCGGUGCCAAACAAGUACAAUGGGGAUGGAAUGGUGGAAAAGGUUUAGGAGCGAUUUUCGCCGGUUUGGGAAUGGCACCUGCUAUUUCAGCUUGUUUCGGUGCAAUCAUUUUCAUGCUCAUCAAAUUAGUUGUUCACGUUAGAAAAAAUCCAGUCAGAUGGGCAGUUUGGACUUCACCAUUCUUCUUCUUGGUCGCCGGUACAAUCUGUACAUUGUCGAUCGUUUAUAAAGGUUCACCUAAUCUUGGUCUAAGCAAAAAACCUAAAACAUACAUCGUGGCAGUAACGAUGGGUACGGGUGGUGGUGUCGCUUUACUCUCAGCUCUUUUCUUCGUUCCCUACGUCCACGCAAAAGUGAUCAAGAGAGAUUAUACUUUACCUUGGUAUGGAUUCAUCUAUGGACCCAUGUUAUUCUCAAGACCUGCUCCCGUCGAAGAUUCCACCAAAUCGAUCGUACCAAAUUACGCUGUAGUUCAGGAAGAAGAGGAAGAAGAAGAUCAACAAUCUUACCAAGGUUCAAAUCACGAUGACAAGAACCUUGAUCUUGGAAGUCCUGCUAUCACACCUGCAACUCCAUUCACCUUGACCAACGGUGAAUCAGGUGAAAAACAAAGAGUUCAAAAUGAAACUCGUCAACAAAAAUCGUACAAGGAAAUCAUGGCUGAAAGUGAUGAAAGAUUAAAUGCAAAAUUACGAACUAAAAAAGGUCCAUUAGGAUGGGCCAUGAGGACAUUACAUGAAAAUCCAAUGGGGCCUGGUCAAAUUUACGAGUUGUCAAAUAUCAAGAUAUUGGCUAAAAGAAUUCCAGCUAUUCUAACAGUUGGUUUAUUAUACGGAUUACAUUAUGAUAUUCAUGCCGCUCAGUCAGGCAUUCACGGUACACCCGAAGGAGAAAGAAUGGCUGUUGUUUAUUCUCACGCCAAAAAAUAUCCAAAUGAAGUUGAACAUACCUAUUCUUUCAUUCAAGUUUUAACUGCCUGUACAGCAUCUUUCGCUCAUGGUGCGAACGAUAUCGGAAACUCCGUUGGUCCGUGGGCAGUCAUUUAUUCAGCUUGGUCAACUGGUGAUGCAGCGAAAUCAAAAGCCGUAGUACCAAUUUGGCAAUUAGCUGUUUUAUCAGGUAUGAUUUCAAUCGGUUUAAUCACUUAUGGUUACAACAUCAUGAAAGUUAUGGGUAACAAGAUCACAUACCAUUCACCUUCAAGAGGAUGUUCGAUGGAAAUGGGUGCCGCUCUGACAGUCCUCAUCUUCUCCCAAUACUCCCUUCCCGUAUCAACCUCAAUGUGUAUCACAGGUGCUACUGUCGGUGUAGGUCUCUGUAAUGGCAGCAUCAAAGCUGUCAACUGGCAACGAGUUGGUCUUUUACUCUUGGCUUGGAUCAUGACAAUUCCUAUCGCUGGUACUUUAGGUGGUGUCACAAUGGGUCUCUUCCUCAACGCUCCUCAUUUCAGCGGUUGA